AAGUUACGUAUUAUUUCCUCUCAGAACUUCCAUCUUCCCAAGAUUAUUUUCUCUUAGGUAUACAUUUAACCCAGCCUACAAUUAAAUGUUCACACUUAUUUCCCCCCCACAAAUAAACUGAAACUGGAAAAAGUUAUGAAGAAAGGAUUUCUGUGAGGAAAACGUGGACACAAACGUUCAGCUAAUGAUUGGAUAAUGGAAGAAUUGAUUCACCAAAGAUGGUUAAAAUAUAAAGCAUUUGAUCUAGAGCAUAGUAUGAGUUGCAAGAAAUCAUGCUGAGAAUGACAAGAAUGACAAUUUCUGUACUGUACUCAGUUACUUCAAGGAGUCAUUUACUGAAACUUUAGUUAAAACACUGGAAUGUUCUGAAGAACUAAAGAAGUAAAUUCUUUCUGAAGAAAAUGAAUUUUUCUCGAGCAGAAAAUUCAUGCUUUCUGCUUCUCUUGGUAAUCUUUCAAAUUAUAUUCGUCUUGAUACUUUACCGAGGCAGCAGUUCAGUUUUAUUUCAGAGUCAUUUAGAAGUGCAUAAGUCAUUGGACUAUUCAAAAUCAGAGGAUGUCUAUAUAAAUCUUAGCUUAUUUACUCCUGCGCCUCAUAAGACAACUAUGCAGACUUGUAAACCGCAGUCAAACAUACUUGUUGGACUGUUAACCAUCACCUUUGAUACACUACACAGUGAAAAAACAAUUAUCCACAAAAAUCCAUAUGUCCAAUUGGGUGGCUGUUAUAGCCCACCUCAUUGUCUAGCCCAUUACAAAACUGCUAUAAUUGUACCAUGCAGGAAGUGUGAACAGCAAUUGCACCAAUUUCUCUAUUACCUUCAUCCCUUUCUCCAACGUCAACAGCUUAGCUAUUGUAUCUACUUGAUUCAUCAGGCUGGAACUGGUCCAUUUAACAGAGCAAAGCUCCUUAAUGUUGGUGUCCAUGAAGCCAUGAAAGACAAUGAUUGGGACUGUCUGCUUCUACAUAAUAUGGAUCUUAUUCCAGAAAAUGACUAUAAUCUUUAUGUCUGUGACAAAUAUUAUCCCAAACACUUGUCCACUGCUAUUGACAAGUUAUAUUACCGCCUGCCAUAUUCAUCCUUUUUUGGUGGUGUUACUGCUUUGACCCCAGACCACUACAUGAAGAUAAAUGGAUUUCCAAACACAUACUGGGAGCGUCUUGAUGAAGAUGAUGACAUUGCAGAAAGGAUCCAUAUAGCAGGAAUGAAAAUAAUUCAGGUUCCUCUACAUGUUGGACGUUACAAAACGAUGGGUUAUGGGCAAACAGUUAGCCCUUUACUGAGGCUAAAAAGGCCUGCUGAAUUGCAUACUUCCCAAACAUGGAAAGAUGAUGGAACAAAUUCCCUUGUCUUCAAACUCUUAGAAAAGAAGAAAAAACACCUCUAUACACACAUUAUGGUAGACAUUGGAGCCACACCAGCAUUACCACCUCCAAGUAGAAGAAAAAGGAAUAACACUUGACUUCAGCAUCAUCUGAACCUUUCAACUCUUCAAGCUUUUUACAAACUAAACUCAACAGGAAAAGAAGGAAGGGAAAGAGAACAUUGCUUUUGCAUGCAUUUAACCAAAUAAAGCAGGAGCCUAAUACAGGGUACUAAAGAAAUCGUAUCUGGGGUAGAAUGGUUUCGCUUCAUUGACAUAGAAAUAUGUAGAAAUUACAUAUUCUAUCUUGUUCUGCAGUAAACCGCCAGGAGCUAGAAGCUAUAGUUCUGCUAUAGGAAUUGUCAAGUCCAGCAACAAAUUAGUCUAUAAACAAUUGCAAAAUAACUACUGGAUCCUGUGCUCUUUUCUAACUUGCACAAGUCUUCUGCAUAGUAAAUAUUAAAAAAAGUUACAUUAAUG